AUAGACUUGUGUCCUUUGAUACUCUUCUUUUUGAAGAUAGAAAAGUACGUAACUAAUAAACAACAUGGCGGCCUCCUCAACAUGGGUAGAUUUGCUGAAAAAUUCUCAGAAAACAUGCAUGAUUCAAGAGGGAAGAAGAAAAAUUCAUUUCACAUUAACAGAUGGAAGAGAGCUCGCUGAAGAAUAUGAUCUUAGAACUAAUGAGCUAAUUGUUCGUAAAUGGAAGAAGAAAUCAACACUAGGAGGAGCUGUUAAAUGGGAAUUUGAGGUCGGUGAGCAGCUCGGUCCUCGUAUGCUGGAGGCUGAUGGUUUAAUGGAAAGUAAUGUUAACCCAAUAUUUGUUAGAAAGGACACUGUGCCAUUAUUCCAGUGGAGGGUACGGAAUCUGCCAUAUCCAUUGGAAACAUAUAGCAUAACUUGUGACGAAGAUCAAAAUAUCAUAAUUAGAACAUCAAACAAAAAAUAUUACAAGAAAUUUAGAAUACCAGACAUGGAACGAUGUAACCUAAACCUGGAACAGUCUAACCUCUCAUUUGCUCAUGCUAACAAUACUCUUAUCAUCUCAUAUAAAAAGCCAGCUGCUAUAUUAGAUAUGGAGAAGACAUUACAUUCAGAAUUUAGCAAGUUAAAAGCCAAUAAAGAUGGAGAUGUUGACUGUAGACCUAGCUGAUAGUGUUAAUAACUUAUUUAAUAUACCAGUCAUUUGUAACCAGGGCCUCCAUACCCCUCAAGGAUAGUUGGAGGUUUUUUUGGACUUGAGAGGAUAUGAUAAAAUCCUCACCAUGUGGGGGACAAAUGAGGUGAUAAAAUCCAUGUCAAUUUCUCCCAGGGUGGAGACAGUUUCAAGUUUAAACAAUUUAAUAAAUGCUUAUUUCCCCCAGCUAUCUUUUCGCAGCAUCCCUCUAGGGAUGGAGCUGGUUUACAAAUGACUGGUGUAUAAUAGUCACAUGACCGACCUGUAUUCAUGAUACCUCACCAAUGACAUUCCUUCAUGAUUUUCAGCUUAUUUGCUUACAUUUUAAAGCAGCAUGCCUCUAGAUUCAUACAAAUUUUCAUGAAAAAUUUCAAAUGUACUUAAAAGUAAAAAAUUGUGAUAGGAACAAAGAAAGUAGUUUACACAUUACAAACAGUACUUUUAGUCCACAUAAUUUACCAAAAGGAGGUCAAAAUAUCCUUACUGUGUUAGUCACUCAGUACAAGUAUGGUGAUAAAUAUGGCAAAAUCAGUCACUAAUCACACACAUCAUGUAAAUCAUUACUUGAAUCUUGAAUUUUUUCAAUUUUCUUAAAACCUUUAGUACAUUGUUUGAUAUUCUUUAAAUAUUUUGGCUUAUCUGGAGGUAUGCAGCUUUAAUAUUAUGAUUAAAAUUGAAAUCUGUCAGUAAUUCACUUUCAUUGAAAAACAUAGCAACAUUAUACAUGAAUAUCAACAAGUUUAUAAAUCAUUAAUCAUUGUGUCAGAAAAAUAUGCAAUGUACACAGCAAUACAAGUGUUAUGAGUUAAGUGAUUUUGUGUUCUUUUUCUUUAAGAUUUAAGAUUUAAAUUUUUUGGAAAUUAUUAUCUGAAAAUAAGUCUUGAUAAUAAAAAAGAUAUCAUUUUUAGGUAGACUCUUAGAAUAAUAGAGAGAGCUUUAGUACUCACCCCAGUGAGGUUGUUUUGUUGUGCAAGUUGGUAUCUCUAAAACUACUGAAGGGAGUGGGUGAAACUUCGCACACUUGUUCUCUAUGAUUAUCUAACAUGUUGGACACAGAUCACAUUAACUCUUGAGUUACCUUAUGACACAGUUAUGCCCUUUUACUGGAAAACACAAGUAUAGCAGAUCCCUGUCUUACAGACAGCUUGUUUUGAACAUUAUAUCAAAAAGGGUUGGUAUUUUACUUUGAUAAGAAUAAAACAUUUUUUAUAUUGUUUGAGUAAUAGCAUGAAAGGAACAAAUUAUUUAUUUACUGCCUCUCAAAAAUUUAUAAGUCUAAAAAAAAGUAUAAAUUAUCUGAAUCUCAACCAAACAGUCCUUUAGUUUACAGCACCAAAUUUAGAUAUCAUUGUCAUUAUUUUGCCAUGCCAUGUCGAAAAAAUAAUUUCUCACAAUAAUUUACCCGUUAAAAAAUUGCUGUAUGUUUCUAUCUGAAUAUAUAUUUUUUGGUAUCAGAAGACUGUUUCAUUUAUCAUAAUGAAUCUUGUAUGUAUUUAUAUCAAUGGUUGUAAAUUAUUUUCUUUAUAAUAAAGAAUACUUAAUGACUAAAA